AUGAAAUGGAUCCGGGGGUCAAGCUCGGGGCAAGCCGGCCUAGACAACCGUGGGUUGCAGGGGCAAGCCGGCCUAGACAACCGUAGGUUGCAGGGGCAAGCCGGCCUAGACAACCGUGGGUUGCAGGAGCAAGCCGGCCUAGACAACCGUAGGUUGCAGGGGCAAGCCGGCCUGGACAACCGUGGGUUGCAGGAGCAAGCCGGCCUGGACAACCGUGGGUUGCAGGGGCAAGCCGGCCUGGACAACCUUAGGUUGCAGGGGCAAGCCGGCCUAGACAACCGUGGGUUGCAGGAGCAAGCCGGCCUAGACAACCGUAGGUUGCAGGGGCAAGCCGGCCUAGACAACCGUGGGUUGCAGGGGCAAGCCGGCCUAGACAACCGUGGGGAAGCAGCUGAUUGUAGGGGCAAGCCGGCCUAG